AUGGCUUCCAUCAGUGCGGAUGUGUUGGAAGCCAACUACAACAGAUUUAAAAAGUUUCUGAUUGAAAGUCGACAAAGUUUGAAUAAGGCCAUAUCAGCUGAUGAGACCAGUAAGUGCAUUUUUAAUGGGUUUAAAAGUAAAGUAUAAAUUUAAGGGGGAUAAUGUUGAACUUUUGCAGCUUUGAACACGAAAAGACAAGUACUGACUCUGUAUAAAAAGGCACUGAAAGAACUAACAUCAGCUUAUGCAAUACCAUCAAGCAAAUGUCCACGCAGCAAGAUGGCGGACGUGGAGCAAAGCCGACAAGUCAUAGAAAAGCAUAUAACGUUAACUCAAGAACGGAUAGACACCUUAAGUAAGCCUGAAAUAGUUUUGUUUUAACUUUAGUUCAGUGAAGUACUUGAAGAUGGAUACAGAACAAACAGUUCGACGAGUCCAACCACUCAAUUCUGCUGUUCCAUCGACUUCUAGGGAGACGAAUCUACCUAAGAAGAAGCUGCUGGUGAAGAAUGUCGAUUCAAAGUUAGCGGAAGACUUGAUGGGGAAUGUUGUGGACACAACGGGCGUAUCCAUAUCGGAUAUUUUAGGUAACGAAGCUGCUAAAGCGGCUUUGGAAGAAACCGUCAUUCUCCCGAAUCUGAAUCCGAAACUUUUUACCGGCUUAAGAGAGCCAUGCAAGGGUAUUUUAUUGUUUGGACCACCUGGGAAUGGCAAAACUAUGUUGGUAGGUGUAGCUUACAUUAUCGUUUUCUACUUUUAAUAAAGGCUUGAUAAUGAUACAAUUCAAAAACCUUUUUUGAAAAUAUUUUUAACCCUUAUUUAGUAACUUUGAGUUUUUAGGCCAAAGCAGUGGCUACAGAGUCUAACUGUACAUUCUUUAAUAUCUCAGCAGCCAGUAUAAUGUCCAAAUGGGUAGGAGAAGGCGAACGGUUAAUGCAGGCUUUGUUUCAAAUGGCGAGGAAUGCACAACCUUCUAUUAUUUUUAUUGGUAAGCCUUAAUGGUAACAAAAUUUUAGUCAUAUUGUUUCAAAGUAUCGCAUAAAACGCGAUUUAAGUUAAAAACUAAGCGGGAGUUGUUUUAGAUGAGAUAGAUUCGUUGUUGUGUUCGCGGCAAGAGAACGAGAACGGAGCUAGCAGAAGAGUCAAAACUGAGUUUCUGCUUCAGUUUGAUGGAUGUGUGUCGAAGCAGGAGGACCGUGUUCUUGUGUUAGGUGCUACGAACAGACCUCAGGAGUUGGACGAUGGAGUCCUUCGACGGUUUCCGAAGAGGAUCUACAUUGAUCUGCCUGAUGAACAAGCUAGAUGUAGUUUGAUUCAACUGAUCUUUGAGAAGAACAAAACCCAAUUCAAGCUAUCUAACAGCGAAGUCAGGUAUGUCAUCUAUGUACUAUAUUUAUGUCUUUUAAUUUUAUUCAAAGUUAUCGUAAUAUAUUUUGAAAGUCUCUUGAUGUAGUAAAUUGAAUUACAGAGAUAUAGCACGACUCACUAAAGGAUAUUCGUACUCAGACAUGACAGCACUGUGCAAAGAAGCAGCGAUGGCACCACUCAGAGGGUUGUCGCGGCAACAAUUACAACAAAUCAAUGCGACACAUGUGAGGCCGGUGUGUUACGCUGAUCUACGUGAAGCUACGGGGGUGAUAAGAGCAAGUUCCAACGACGAAAACACGAAAAAGUUGCUGGAAUUCGCGAGGAAGUUUGCACAACAUAAGUAA